AUGUUGUUAUUCCUUCUCCGUCAAACCAGUGCGGCAGUCAAAAAAGUUACUAGCCGUUUCAAUCAAGGAGUGCUAUUGUCCAACAAGAUGGGCAGUUCAUUGUCAAGGUCAUAUAGUCCUAAUCCUAGUCAAGGCUCCAGUGUCGUUGAAAGUCGUUGCACUAUAUCACGCAUAGAAUCCAGCAACAAUUAUGUUGAAUCAAUUGUUUGUAAUGAGAAUGAACUUAAAGAAAACGAAAUGAAAGUGUUUGACAUCGGUGAUGACGGCGACGUGUUACUUAUCAAGCAGAAAGGUGAAAUUUCUGCUAUUGGUACAAAAUGUACUCACUACGGAGCCCCGCUAAUAAACGGUGCGCUGGGCGACGGCAGGGUGCGCUGCCCAUGGCACGGAGCAUGUUACAAUAUCAAAACUGGUGACAUUGAAGAUUUCCCCGGUUUUGACUCAGUGCCUUGCUAUCAAGUUACUAUCACAGAGAAGGGACAAGUUAAGGAGAUCAGUGCAAGACGAAAUGUGUUAGCUAUUGCUCGCGUCUUGCAGGCGUUAACGUCGAUUCUGCCAUUUAAUGUUUUCGGAUUAAAGGUAAGAGCAAAAAUCAGCGACUUGAAGGCGAACUCACGUACUAAAGAGAAUAUAGGUACACCGUCAAAAUGCGAUGGAUGUUCGGUAGUUAUUAUCGGUGCAGGACCCUCCGGAGCCACGUGCGCUGAAACACUUCGCACGGAAGGUUUCAGCGGACGCAUAACUAUGGUCAGCAAAGAAAACUACCUACCCUAUGACAGAGUUAAGGUGUCAAAAAUUGGGACCGUCACCGACAUCCAAAAACUCCAGGCUAGGACCGAACAGUAUUACAAAGACUCAAACAUUGAAAUACUUAAAGGCAUCGAAGCUAUAUAUGUGGAUACCAAGGAGCAAAUCGUUACUUUGACCGGUGCAAAAAAACUUAGUUACAGUUCCUUAUACAUCGCAACUGGCUCCAGUGCCCGGGUACCAGAUAUCCCCGGAAUAUACCUUAAAAAUGUUUACACGGUCCGAAACUUCGACGACUCUAUAAACAUCCUCAAUACAUUAGGCUCUGAGAAAAGUCUGGACGUGGUAGUCUUGGGUCUGAGUUUUAUCGGUUUAGAAAUUGCAUCCUCUUGCAAGGAAAAAGCUAAAUCUAUGACUGUCGUCGGCAAAGACAAUGCACCAUUGGGUCAAGUAUUCGGACCUGAAAUAGGUGGAAGUUUACAAAAGCUUUUCGAAUCAAAAGGUGUCAACUUCCAGUUCGAAACAACAAUAACCAAAUGUAACGGCUUGAACGGUGUGAUAAAAUCAGUGGAAUUGGCUAAUGGCACUACGCUACCUGCUGACAUGUUAGUAUUGGGAGUGGGAGCAACAUUCAAUACAGGAUUUUUGGAGAAUAGCGGUAUAAAAAUGGAAAACAACGGUGCGAUUGUCGUAAAUAAUUUGUUGGAAACUAAUGUAAAACAUGUUUAUGCUGGCGGUGAUAUUGCACAUGCUCCAGUUUUUGCUAGUAAUAAUAAAUCGAUGAGUAUAGGACACAUAGGAUUGGCUCAAUAUCAUGGUCGUAUAGCUGCAUUAAAUAUAUUAAAACGAGAUGUGCAGCUAAAAACUAUUCCAUUUUUCUGGACCAUGCUUUUCGGUAAAUCUAUUCGCUACACUGGUUGCGGAAAGCCUGCCAGCACACUUAUCGACGGAGAUGUGGAUGCGCUGAAAUUUGUUAUUUUCUUCUUUGAUGAGUCGGAUAAAGUAAUAGCGGUAGGUUCUUGCAUGAGAGACCCAGUAGUUGCUCAGUUCGCAGAGUUCACUAACCAAGGAAGAUCUUUGUACAAGAAAGACCUGACAAGCGACCUUUAUGCUUGGACGAAAAUGAAUUAA